UUAGAUUUAUGACAGAUACUUCUUUGUUUUUCGGAGCUGCUCCCGUAAUUAUUUCAGAAAUUAUUAGAAGUGAGGCAGAUCUCAUGCGCGGAAUUGGUGACUUGAAAAAAAUUAGUUCUUAUGAAGAGUGUCUUAGUGUUAAUGAUAAACUGAAAAAGAAUUUGCAGUUUUUGUAUGAGAACAUUAACAAAUUAGAGAGCGCUUCUCAGGAACAAUUUACUCGGACUCACAAAGAUCACAUACUAAAAUUGGCCGAGCAACACAGACAACAGUUAAAGAGCUUGCAGCUGACACUUAGACAUACCUAUGCUUACGUAAAAGAAAAAAUUGAGCGUGAGAGCAAUAUGAAGCGUUUGAGUCUUUUGGGAUGCGUUUCUGGGGAGACAACAUCUAUAGGAAACAUGAACAAAAAUGUCUCUUUGUCCUCUGUGGAAUCUACCACAGAACUGAUGAGGGAGGCCAGAAGGAAUCUCGCAGGGCAGAUUCAGCAAAGCGCGCAGGCCUUAGAUGCAGCAGUGUCAUCUUCUAACCUAACAACCAGCAUCAACAAGGAGUACAGCGAGUUCCGAUCCGUUAUGCGCUUCAGUAAAGCGCUUGUUUCUAAGCUUCUAAGACGCGAGACCACAAACAACAUUCUCUUUGCCUUUGCCUUUGUGGUGUUUGCGCUGACUUGCAUCUACAUCUUGAAAAAACGAUUGGCUUAUAUUCGCUCUGCCGUCGCUAAUGUCUUAGAGUUGUGUACUUGCAAGUUUACUAUAUUAAUUGUAAUAAUGGUCGCUACUAUACUUUUAUCGUGGGUGUGGGCAUUUUUUAUAAAGAAAAGGAAAAUGAAAAAAUAA